AUGUGGCUGCGACCUCGAGCGAGCGAUGGCGCUGAUAGCAUCACCAACUACGUGAAUCCGGAGAAGGAGCUGAACGCAGGAUUGUGGUCUCUAUUUGCGGGCGCGACAGUAUUCUUGGGUCUACGGCUCUACUGUAAGAUCACUCGUCGCCAUGGGCUAUGGUACGAUGACUACAUUCUCAUUCUCGCAUGGAGUAUGCUGUUACUCACUGAUGCGAUGAUCUCGCAUCAAUACGCGACCGGCUACGUCCCGAAAAAUGGAUCGAAAUGGGAUGAUCGAAUGCACAUCUUGAUUAACAUCUCCUCUUGUACCAACGUCCUUGGCCAAGCUUGGAGCAAGACCGCAUUCGGUGUCACACUCCUCAAACUCACCAAUCGCUAUCAGCAAUGGAUCAUCUACUUUUGUAUAAUCACGAUGAACGUGUGGAUGGCUGUGAAAGUUAUCUUUCAGUGGGCAAAGUUGUGCGAUGAGAAGAGCUAUGACGUUUGGUACCGGCUUGAUUUUUGCAUCGACAAGACCUUCCGCGACGACUUCAAGGAAGCUGGAAACAUCUACAACAUUAUAAUGGACUUUGUCUUCGCAUUUUUUCCCUGGUGGAUUACCUGGAAGCUGGACAUGAGGAAAAGCGAGAAGAUAGGCCUUUGCAUCACGAUGAGCCUGGGAGUCGUUGUCGCGAUAGUUGCGGCUGUCCGCGUAGCCUGGAAAGACGAAGGCAACAAACGCGAUCCCUACUACUACCAACGUAACGGCAUAUCAAAUGUCUGGUACUCCUCCGAAGUCGCUGGCACGAUCCUCGUCCAAUGUAUACCUGUCUUGCGUCCCUUCCUUCGCGAAGUCCAACGCUCUUUCACUUCUAAGCGCCUCCCGUCCGAGAGCACCACACCCAACCGCAGCUGGGCCUGGACUGUCAGCAAAAAGCGAGAUAGCACCAUCUAUGACACCCCUCAGAUCCACAUGGACUUCAAAGCUCUUGAAGGCACCGGUGGGACCAACGGCCUAAACUUCGGCUUCAACGAGACCAAGAUUUCAAGCAACGCGGGGCUUGAGCUGGAAACCAUACGAGAACUGGAAAGCGAAGAGAAAGGGGGGAUUACUAGGGGCCGGAGCUUCAGAACGGUUACUUCGAAGCGGUCCGAGCAUCUUUUCUGA